UGGUGGCGUUGCGUGGAAGGAUAUAAAAUUUUAUCAGAAACGGCCAGUUAAAAUACAUUGUGUUGAAUCCAAACAACAGUUCUCGUUCGGACGCGAAUCCAAUAACAUCGUCGUCUUUUAUCCAAAUUAACUUUAACAAAUUACGGAUCAUUUUAUGUUAAUAAAAUUCGUAAAAAAUAAUAAUUAUUUAAUAUUAAAAUUGUGUAUUUUUAAAUUUAUAUAAUUAAGAAAAAAAAACUAAUUAUUUUAAAUGGCUGGACCAUUUCUGUCGCCUUUGCCUGGGGAUUUAUUAACUGAAUACAUGUUUGGCAGAAGGCGCCAAAGAAGAAAUCGCACAACUUUUACUCCACAACAACUUCAAGAAUUGGAGGCCCUUUUCCAAAAGACACACUACCCGGAUGUGUUCUUACGCGAAGAAGUUGCACUUAGAAUAAGUUUAAGUGAAGCCCGAGUUCAGGUUUGGUUUCAGAAUAGAAGAGCAAAGUGGCGAAAGCAAGCUCGUCUUCAAUUGUUACAGGAUGCAUGGAGAAUGCGUUGCCUUAGCCUGGGCUCACCACCAGUUAUCGUUGGAGGUGGUCGUGGCGCCAAUAAUAAUUCUAAUGAAUCAACAAGUGCCAGCCAACAACAAAUACCAGAAAAUCUAUCUAGUUCGGAAAAAACAAAUCUACCCCCACAACCACAGCCAAAUAAUUCCACAGGGCCAUCGGAUAAUGGUGGCUCUACAGAUGCACAACAACAGCAUCACUUUACCAUGAUGCAUCCCGCCUUCCAGAAUCAAAACAGAACAAUAGAUCGAAAUGCAGAGGCCUCCGGAGCCGGGGGUGGUGACGGUAGUGUCAUUGGAGAAUUUAACAACUGCGAAAAAACCUACACAGAAUUGAAAAUGUAUAAAGACCAAAACGGUCAUGCAUCUCUCGAUGCGCUGCGAAAUCACAACAUGAAUGGAAUGGGCUGUGAUGCACGCUCUGGCAGCCUUAGCAAUUGCUCCGAUACUGAUGGUUCUGAUUCAGAAGAAAUCGACCUAACGUCAGGAGCAUGCAUCGAUUUUUCAAAUAACAAUAAAACUACGAAUGGCUUACAUUAGACACGUGAUUUGAAAAGUUUUAAAUGCCUUUCAGGUUCAUCUGCAUCGUCUAUGGUCGUGUUUAAUUUCGGAAGCACUUGUGAAUAGAAAAAAUAAUGUUUAAAUAAUAUUACUCAUUUGAUUUUUAAAACUAUAGACUUUAUUAUUUAGCUGAAU